CAUUUCCUAAUUAUUAUAUUCUUCUCAGCUAAACUGUUCAAAAUUAUAGAAUUUUGCAUCAUACUUUUGAAAAACCAAGAUGAAUUACCUGAUUCAGCGUGGCAAGAUGCGCCAACAGGCGAUUAAUGUUCCGGAGGGUCUGCCGGAACUUCUAUCAGAUGUAACACGGGAGGUGCUAAGGUGUCAGCCGAAAAAGGAGUGCCUCUGCCAGUUCAUCAUCGACUAUCUGCAUUCGGUGAUCGUGACAAGGGAAAAGGCUAUGGUGGCCAAGACCAUUUUGGACCGCUCUCUACGCCAGGUGGACAGCAUAAUAUCGGACCUGUGUGUCUGCGAUCUCUCCAAGGAGAAGUCCGAGUUGAUGGGCCAGGUACUAGAGGACUGUUUCCGUAACUUCCUCGAGAAACGACGCUGCGAGAUGCGGCGUGGAAAGCAGGCGAUUAACUUCGAGGAUGUGGACAUCCUAGAGGAGCUGCUGCAGAAGUGCAAGUUCACCGACGAGGAGCUGGUCAUGUCACGGCCUGCCAUCGAGAGUGCCUACAAGCGCUUCGUGGACGCCUAUAUGUCCGCCGAACGUGGAGCCGAUGGAACUGAGCUGCUCUACCAGUACUUCCGAGACAGGGAACUAAAGCGCAUCAACGAGGCCACGCGAAACCAGGCAGCCAUCACGAUCCAGGCGGCUUGGCGUGGAUACUGGGUUCGCCUCCAGUUCCCGCAAGAAGUUUGCGUAUGCGUCUGCGCAGCGGAAAAAGAGGACGACGGGGAGGAACAGCGCAGGCAACAUGCUGCGAGCGUUCUUCAGAGGUUCUUCCGCAAGGUUAUGUUGCGCGUGGCUACCAAGCCAAUCGUAGACCCCUGUGCCGAACCAACUGAACCAACUGAAAUGGAGGCUAGCUCUUCACCGGAUACUGCGAAGGAUGGCUAUGAUGACGUAACUCUCUCGACAGUACCGACAACUGCUGCGAUAACUGCCGGACCAACACCAAUGCCAACUGCUCCCGGAACUGUGCCGCCAUCUGCCCAAGGUACUGCUCCGGCCACGGCCAGAACCUCGGCCACCGCUUUAGCAGAGCCAGAAGCUCAUGAUGAGGCUGCGGAAGCUCAGCCAGCGGAGGAAGCUCCUGCAGCAGAGGCGCCUGCGGAUGAAGCAGCACCUGCUCCGGCUGAGGAGGCUGCACCACCGCCAGCAGAAGAGGCUGCACCGGAAGCCGCCGAAGAGCCGGCACCUGCACCACCACCAGAAGAAGCAGCUGCACCGCCACCGCCCGCUGAGGAGCCCGCUCCGGCAGAGGAGGCUGCUCCUCCCGCAGAAGAAGCCCCCGCAGAGGAAGCUCCCGCAGCUGAGUAGAUGAAACCAUGCUGUGUUUAUUAGUUUUCCCUUAGUUGUUAAAUUGAUGUUAUAUGCAAGUGAAUAAACUGAUCGAAAAGGGUUGGA